AUGGCAAGUUUAAGGAUUCCAUCAAUCUUGAGGAGGAUUGAUGAAUAUCAAGGUGCUAUUUUGCUCAUUACUUUAUUUCCUUCUGUGACAUUUGCCCUGGAGAUUGUAGGCAAUGUCUUUAGCGUUGUGCGCCUUAAUGGCUUGCUUGGGAUGUCCCAUUCGCUGCUUUACUUUUUUGAGAAUGGGAAGAAUGUAUCACUAGGUCUGUUGAAAAAUGGGUUCUGUUAUUUCAUCUUCAGCCAGUCUAUUUCAUUUCCAUUUUUGAUACUCAGGGAGCAUCGAGUCUGCAAAUCUGAGGUACCAUGA